AUGUUUACCUGCUGUUGUGUAGAUGAAAAGCCAGCUGAUUUUGUGGAGCUGCAGAUGGACAGUGCUUUCCCAGAGGGAAAGGGCACUGCGCCAAGUGCUCCAGAGACCUUUGACAUCUUCCUUGAUCGUUCUCCUGGGACAUACUUCGGCGUGGACCUUUCCAGCGCCGGAAAGGCAUGUGUCGUCACCAGCGUGACCACAGAUGGUCUCAUCGCAGACUGGAAUGCCAAGUGCAGUGAAGAAACCAAGGUGCAGAAGUACGACCGGCUAUAUGCAGUGAACGGACAGACAAGCGAAAAAAGCAAGGAGAUCCUGGAUCUACUGAAGUCGACACACAACAAGAUGGUGCUCACCUUCCAGAGAGCUGUCGUAAGCGAGGUCAAGAUUCAGCGUGGUGCCCUCAACCUGGGCAUGCAUCUGAAAGAUGGCCCUCAUUUCCUGUUGGUCCUGGGAGUGGAGGAUGGGGUGGUCAAGGACUACAACAAGUUCGUUCCCACUGAGCGACAGAUCCAGCAAUCGGAUCGAAUCAUUGGCGUUGAUGGCUUUGAGGGAGUUGGGGCAGCGCUGAUGGACAAGGUCCGAAAUGCAGGCGCGGAGGUCACGCUGAAGGUCUUAGCUUGGAGGACCAUCAUGAGACUUCACCGUCUGAAGCUGGACUCGCAGAUGCGCAGUUUGGGCGAUACCUAUGCGAGGAAGGAGUUCAGGCUGCAUGCCAAACCCCAGGUCACUGACUCACAGCGGCAAAUGUUUGUGAGGGAGUGGAAAUCCUAUGUUGAAAUGAUCAACAAGCAAGAAACAGUGGUGGGCCAGGAGCUCACUGCGGAACAGAAGGCCAAGCUGAAUGAUCAGCAGAAGGUGCAGCUGGAUAAUUUGGAGCAGUCUGCCAAGUCUUUGGCAUCUCAGGGGCAUGAUGGUUCAGACAGAUUGCCAUGGCCCGCAACAGUCGCAGGGGCGGCAACUCUCAUGGACGAGGUAGAGGCCGCUUGCAGCAACCAGCAUAGUGCAUUCGCUCGUUCCCUGAAGCAAAAAGAGGAAGAGGCCGCGGCCAGCAACAGGACGGCCGCAAUCCACAGGGCCACCCUCCAGGCAUUCCAGUAUGGAGCUGCUCGGCUCAAACAGGUUCUGGUUGCCUUGGUCAUGCAGGUGUGGUCCGUCGACAGAAGGAGAAGCCGUCCCGAGGAGGAGGUCGAGGCAACAAAGCUGGUGCCCGCCGGAAAAACCCUGGACGGAGAAGAUGGAAUGUUCCGGCACUCCGAAGUCGAGAAAGCUCACACGGAUGCGGUGAUGUCAAUUGUCAUGGCGGCUGACUGCAUUUACACAGCCUCGCGCGACAAGACUCUGAAAAGGUGGAAGGUUUCGAAAGCGACCUCGGGCAAGUAUGAGCUGUCCGUUGACCUUGAAGUGCCGCUUGGGGACGUUUGCUGGUGUCUUAUUAGUGCCGGAGACUGGCUCUUCUGUGGGCUCGGUGAUGGAAGCAUCAAGGGCUUCAUGAAGUCCGGCACGGAGACAACACUCAAGGGCCACACAAAACGUGUGGGCUGCCUCACGACCCAUCAGCAUGUGCUCCUUUCGGGAGCAUCUGAUGGGUCGGUUAGAUGCUGGCAAAUGAAUGUGCACACACAAACCUUUGAAUGCACGCACGCGAUCAACGAGGGUAUUUCUGGAGCUGUGACCUCGCUUUCGGUCCUGGGCGAAGGACUCUGGGUUGGAGGGACCUCGGGAGUGGCUCUGGUGGAGCUGGCAAGUUUGAAAGUCGUGAAGCACUUGGAGCCAAGGAAGUUUGUGUCAGGUCUUCUGCAGUUUGAAGGCCACAUGAUUGUUGUUUAUGCUGAUGGUAGCAUGUGCAUCUUCGAUGCUUUGGGUGCUAUGAAGCAUAAGCAGCCGGCACUGCCUGCCGGACCGGUGCUGUGCAUAGCUGGCUUGGAGUCAGGUCCGCGAGUGCUUUGUGGACAUGCCAAAGGUCAAGUGAGCUCCAUUUCUCUGCCGAACUUCGUUCUCAAGAAGUAUUGGCAUGCCUUGGAGAGGUGUAAGGUACAAACUUUAUGCUGUGCCGGGCAUGAUGGCAUCUACGUUUUGGGGGCGGAAAAUGGCACGCUGCAGCUCUGGCAGCGCGAUGGAACAGUUGACUCAUUGUGA